UGAUGUGGCAAGGUGGCGCUGCCGGAACUCGAAUGCCUACGCAGUCAACCCGUGGGCUGGCACGGCACGGCUCGUUUAGCAACUGUACCUAAACUGGCUGUGCCUAAUUGGGCUGGGCUAAGUUGGGCCCAUGUUCCUAUUGCUUGCAGCUGCAUCAAAUCAUCAAACGACUCUUAAACCCUUGACCAAACUGUGGCUUACCUUCAACAUUACGUCUCCGCGCCCAUUUGACCCCCCACGCCUACAUAACGCACUGUUCAUCACCUCGCUUCAUCACACAUUCACACACCUCAAGCAAAUCGGAAGUACAUCGUCGAUAGCCAUGGCCACCCACCGACUCAUCAUCCUCUUCCUCCUAUCUUCCCAACUGAUCACCAUGUCGCUGUCGUCUCUGCCUCCGCGGGGCAGCAGCGACCCUGAUGACCUCCCCACGCUGCUCAAGAUCAAGGCGCAGUUCGGCAACCCGGCCGCGCUCGCGGAGUGGCAGCCCGGCACGGACCCCUGCAGCUGGCCGUACGCCUACUGCAACCAGUACCGCCGCGUCGUCUCGCUCUUCCUCGAGAACGUCAACAUCACAUCCACGCUCCCGCCGGCCAUCGGCGAGCUCGACCAGCUCGAGACCCUCAGCAUCGAGAACAUGCCGGGCCUGCACGGCCCCAUCCCGGACUCCUUCGGCAAGCUCGCGCACCUCUCCGUCUUCAACGUCAUGGUCACCUCCGUCUCGGGCUCCAUCCCGGCGUCCCUCUCCCGCACCAACCUCUCCUCCGUCAGCUUCUUCGGGAACAAGCUCACCGGCAGGAUCCCCACGUCGCUGGAGAAGCUGCCGCACCUGACCUUCUUCGACGCCGCGAACAACGACCUCGUCGGGCCCAUCCCGCCGCGGCUCGUGCACGGCAGCACGCCCGACAUGCCGCUGGGACUGAAGCUGUCGAACAACCGGCUGUCCGGGAACAUCCCCUGGCUCUACGGGAUCGAGAGGUACAUUAUGGAGUUCAAGGUCGCGAACAACCAGCUCGCCGGCGACGCGUCGUUCCUCUUCGGGCGGCGCAAGAGGGUGGAUGACCUCGACCUCUCGGGGAACCGUCUCAAGUUCAACCUGACCGGGCUGGAGAUGCCCAGGGACCUGCUGUUCCUGAACCUGAGCCACAACCGGAUCUACGGCGGCGUACCGGCGUCGCUGCGGGAGUCGAGGGUGGUGACGCUGGACCUCAGCUACAACCAGCUCUGCGGGGAGAUACCCGCCGGCGGGAGGAUGGGGUGGUUCAAGGCGGAGGCGUACGGCCACAACAAGUGCCUCUGCGGGGCGCCGCUGCCGCCCUGCGCAAGCGGCCACUACUGAACCGACCUUGUCUUACUCCAUGGCGCACGGCGCGGUGCAGACGUGCAGUCAGUAAUUGUGUGUUUUCUUUUUUUGAGAUUUGCAGUCUUUUUUUUUUGAGAAGAACCAGGUUUUCAUUUUAUUCAUAGCAUCUGAUGAUUACAGCACAAAUUACAAAGACAUCCUUAAAGGAUAAAAAAAUUAUAAACUCCCGGUCGUUGUCGCCACCGGCGGCCGGAGCUCCCAGCUUGAAGCCGACCUCCUCCCUAGCGAAGAACAUGGAUUUUUGAUGCCGUCUUUAGCAGCACAUCAGAACCGACAUGCACUACAAACGCUGAACGAACCGGCUGAAGAUGAUGGCCAGAGACCAUCGCAUCGUCAGGCAACAAAGGAUCCGACGCCCCAAGGACCUCCAGAAACCCCAAAUCGCCUAGCGACGAAGAAUCCCGAAAGGGAACUGAACCACCGGAUGUGGGAACUAACAACCAACCCGAAUCCACUUCGUGUUGGUAGGUAAUCCAACUCGUAUUCUCUACGAGUUGGCAAACAAACCUUCUGAAAUUUCUAAACAUAUCCAUUGUCGUAUUCUAGUUUACAAAUCUAGCACUAUCUUUGGAACCAUGGGCAGCAACGGCACCAAGAGAAACACAGGGAAACCAAACAUCGAUGCAGAAGAUAAAAUCGAUGGCAAACCCAUCGAUGUUGAGAGCCCUGCAAAAGAUAUCACCAUUAAGCACCACAUGCACCUCAGAUAGCACCAGGAGUCGCUCACC